AUGGUUCAGAAUGAAGUUAUUCAUCACGCACUUCUCGUGGUUAAAGAUGAUCUGACUCCACCUGGUGUUCCACCACUCAAUCCUGCCAACAUGACUGAAGCCAUGGCAGUUGCUACCAAUUUUAUGAGAAAUGGACAGACUAGUCUCUCUUCUUCCAGCUUUGGUUUGCCUCCAUCUGCCAGAAAUAAAAUAGGAUUUAUUGAUAGAAGCUUACCUAUUCCACCUUCUCAUGACUCUAAUUUCCAAGUCUGGAAACAAGGAAAUAGCUUGAUCAAGGCUUGGACCAACAAUUGUGUUGCUUCAGAUAUACUGGCAAGUAUUUCUACAUCAAACACGGCAGAAGAGCUAUGGUCAGAAAUCAAAGAAAGAUACUCCAUUGCAAAUGAAACAAGAGUUUAUGAAGUGUACAAAGAACUGGGAAUCAUCAAGCAAAAAGGGUUAACAGUUACAGAAUAUUACUCCAAGCUUAAAUCACUCUGGAAGGAGCUUCAAGAAUAUGAAACAUUUCCUACUUGCAGUUCAUGUACAACGCACAAGAUUGUCAAAGCAAAGAGAGACAGAGAAAAGUUGAUGCAGUUCUUGAUAGGGCUCAAUGAAGAAUAUAGCCAUGUUAGCAGCCAAGUGUUGCUGACUAAACCCUUUCCUGAUAUCAAAACAGGGUUCAACAUGAUUCUUCAAGAAGAAAUGAAGCAAAAGGUUACAAAUAUGGACAAAGGAAGUUCAAAUGAGGUGAUGGCUAUGGUUGUUAACAAGUUCAACAAUGCUCUAUCAAAGAAAAACUACAAGAAUUCUCAGCCAGACAAGGACAUAGAGAGAUACAAGAGAGACAAUAAAGGAGGGAGACCUCCAUCAGCAAAUAAAGAAACUUUGUUUUGUAGAUACUGCAGAAAGGAUAGCCAUACAAUUGACAAGUGUUACAAACUUCAUGGGAAUCCUAACAACCCAACAAAGAAAUUCAAGUCCAACAACAGCAACAGAAAUUAUUCAGCCAACCAAGUGAAAGGCACUGGACAGAAAGUCUUAGACCAGCAAAGUCAACUGGUUUAA